GUGGGAGUAGGAGAGGUUUAUUGUUUUUUUGGCGUUUGACAAAACGUCAGUCACGUACCAAAGUUUCCUCCUCCAGAAAAAUGAUGUAUGAACGCCAUCACUUGCAACAGCAUCAACAGCAACAACAAAGAUGCAGAAAGAUUAAUAAUAAUAAUAAUAAUCUUCUUCAUCAACAUCAUACGACCAUGAAUAAUAUGAAGAGCUUCACAAGUAAUGAACUACUACUCGGUGAUCAUCAUGAAGCAGCAGACAAACCCUUUGAGAUGGUGGAUUUAGACUUGAGUGGUUUAUCUCUCCAUUCUCUCCCUAAUCCCACUAUCAAUCUCGCCUCUAUUUCCCAUCUCGAUCUCUCUAACAACAAUCUCCAGGUGAUACCGGAAUCGUUAACGGCUAGAUUGUUGAACUUGGUGAGCUUUGAUGUGCACUCAAAUCAACUGAAAUUUCUCCCAAAUUCCAUUGGUUGCCUUUCAAAACUCAAAAUUCUCAAUGUUUCUGGCAAUCUCAUUGUCUCUCUUCCUUCCACCAUUGAAAACUGCAGAUCUUUGGAAGAGUUGAAUGCCAACUUUAAUCAACUAACAAGGCUACCAGACACCAUAGGCUUUGAGUUGACUAAUCUCAAGAAGUUGUCGGUCAAUUCCAACAAGCUUGCUUUUCUCCCCCACUCCCUCUCUCAUUUGACCUCCUUACGGGUACUCGACACACACCUCAACUGCCUACGAUCGCUCCCAGAUGACCUCGAGAAUCUCAUCAACCUCCAAGUUCUCAACAUAAGUCAAAACUUUCAGUUCCUUCAAGCUCUUCCAUACUCGAUCGGUCUUCUCAUCUCUCUCGUUGAGCUUGACGUCAGCUACAACAGGAUCACCUCCCUCCCAGACUCCAUUGGUUGUCUCAAGAAUCUCAAGAAGCUCAACGUUGAAGGCAAUCCUCUCACUUCACCCCCACCUGAGGUUAUCGAACAAGGCUUAGACACUGUGAGAAUGUACUUAACCGAUAAGAUGAAUGGAGUUAUUCAUAAAGACUCUCACAAGAAAAGGUCGUGGGUGGGGAAGUUGGUCAAGUAUGGAACUUUCAGUAGCAGGGGUAACAAGGUUAGUCGAGAGGAGAAGGAGGGGUUCAUCAUGCCAGAGUAUCGAUCAAUCGAUGGUCUAGCAUCACCGAGGUACAUGGGGAUGUUCUCACCACGCCGCCUGUUCUCACCUCGACACUCAUACUCAAAGUGAACUCAAAAAAUCAUUCAAAGAAUGUUUGAAAGAUUCAAGUGAUCAAGUGAUAAUGAAGUCAAUAAGAUGUUGUAUAGGUAAGUUAGUGAUAAAGAGUGUGAUAGUUAUAGAUACCAAAAAAGUAGGGUUUUGAAGUAGGGAAGUGUUUAAUUUUGUUUGUUAAUGUUUGUUUAAUAUAUAAAUGCAUAAUUGAAAGACAAAUGUUGUAUAUGAUCUUUGUAAAACUUGAACAACUAUUUGUUCCCUUUUGCCAA